UGGGGAGCCAAAAGCAUGAAACACCACCAUUUCGUACUCUUGCACGGCGCCUGCCACGGCGCAUGGAGCUGGUACAAGCUCAAGCAUCGGCUCGAGUUGGCCGGCCACUGCGUCACGGUGCUCGACCUGGCCGCCUCUGGCACCGACACCAAGUCCAUACACGACAUCCGCACGUUCCGCGAGUACACCGAGCCGCUGCUGGAGCUCAUGGCUUCGCUUGGCGCGCACGAGAGGGUGAUCCUCGUUGGCCUCAGCUUGGGCGGCUUGAACUUGGCUCUCGCUGCCGACAGGUUCCCGGAGAAGAUAUCCGUCGCUGUAUUCUUGGCGGCUUUCAUGCCGGACACCGCACAUCGGCCGUCGUAUGUGUUGGAAGAGUACUGUGCAAGGGCACCGGAGGGAGCAUGGCUAGAUACCCAGUUCGAGCCCAUAGGACAGCCCGACAAACCCUUAACAUCCAUGUUCUUCGGCCCUGACUUCUUGUCAUCCAAGCUCUAUCAAUUGUCUCCUCUCGAGGAUCUGGAACUCGGUAAGAUCUUGACGAGGCCAGGGUCGUUGUUCCUGGAAGACCUGAGCACGUCGAGCAACUUCACCUGCAAAGGGUACGGGUCGACGACACGGGUCUACGUCGUGUGCAGGCAAGAUGUGGGGAUACCCCUGGGGUUCCAACGGUGGAUGAUCGCGAACGGCGGGGCCCACCACGUCCUGGAGGUGGACGGUGCAGAUCACAUGGCCAUGCUUUCGAAGCCACAGGAGCUUUGUGAUUGUCUGCUGGAGAUUGGGGCCAAAUACGUAGGUGCCUAACGUUUGCUACGGCGUAGGAGGGGCUUCGGCUCUGUUCCGAUCGUUUGUGGUUCGGUUUUCUUCGGAUUCUUGUGUUUGGUCUGUGUUUCAUUUUCGGUUGUUGGGUCGAUUAGAGCAUCUGCUAUGUAGCGAGAACGCCGUUGGAGAGCAGUUGUGCUGUUUUAGCUUGCAGGUAAUCCAGAUCAUUUCUUUAUUU